AUGGCGUCUCCUCCCCAGAAGGUGUCGCUGUACUCCAGCAACGACCUCAAGAACGCGACCGAUGAUGCCCUCGCGCCAUACCUCACCAGCCUGCCGAAACCCUACACAUUCAAACAAGACCACUUCACCACCAACAUCAAACUUGUUCUGGGCUAUACCGCCGUCCUGAUCGCGGGAGCCUUGUUCUAUGCAGACUGGAAACUCGGCUGGGAUGCCACCAAGGCGUACACCGGCCCUGCUUGUGUCUCAUAUUUUAUUCUGAACGGUAUCCUGACGUACUGGAUUUGGGCCGUCGAGGCGGGCACGGUCUUUUCUGGCGUGAGAGAAGGAGGACAACGACUGACCCUCCGCUCCUCGACGCAAAAGUACGUCCCCGAAUACAAACUCAAGGUCAGGUACAGUGCCCCUUCGACGGGCAAGACUUGGGAAGACAAGGAGAUUACCGGCAAAUUCACCCAGUGGUUCAACACCCACGGAUACCUCCAGCACAAAGAGUUCCAGCAGUGGUUGAACAGUAAUAUCGAUGUCUUGAAGACAGCACAGGCGGAGCUGAGCAGCAAGGAAAAGCCCAGCGAGAGAAUACCUGUGUUGAUGCCAGUUACCAAGGCCGAGGAGAUUUCCACGUCUGCCACAGGGCUAGAGACGGCGAGCCCCGUGCCUGCGAGCCCCGUGCCUGCGAGCGCGAAGAAGAGCCGGCCAAAGAAGAAGGCUUGA